AUGGACGCCAAGCCUCAACGUCCCCAGCGAGCCCCUCCCCCUCCAGCCAACGGGAACGAGAACGCGCCCCCAGUGAAGACCUUGAUUCACCAGCGUCACAAAUCUGCCGUCAACCUCAAGGCUGUGACCAUGACUGGGGCCCUCAAUGCCCCGCCGAAGCGCACUGCGUUUGGUGAUGUUAGCAACGUGGUGAGGAGCAUCGUGGACUAUGAUGGGAAGGACGCGUCCAAGGGACGUGUCAAGCCGGUCAUCGCGGCUGUUACCUCCCGCGAGCCUAGGGUCGAGGACAAAGAAAAUAGUCGGGCCACAGCUCAGUCAUCAAAGUGUCUCAGUAAUGGCCCCGUCUCGACGGCGCUGUUGGGACAGGCUGCAAAGCCAGCUCUCCGAAGCAAUGUGCAGUAUUCGCAGCAGCACAUCGCCUCGGCAGCCAACCCGCUGGUGAAACCGGGACCCGCCAAAAAGGUUGCGAAGAUAUACCAAGACAAGAAGGACCGCAAUGUCGCUGUCCGUCCCGAGGUCGGAGCCUCCGUUGAUGACUUGCUCGCUCUUGUAGACAAACAGAUUAAGAAUCCGCGCCACUACAAGAGCCAGCCUCAGCUCAAACUCGACCAGCCCGUUCUCAGACGCACUCAGAGCAAGUAUCUCCACAAGGCCGACGAGCUUGUCGAGGUUGAGGAUGGCAGUGACCUGCCCGACGAUGUUACCGAGGUGGCUUACGAGGACGCCGUGGAACGCUUGUCCAAGGAUUUUGAGGCGUCAAUUGAGGAGGACUUGGUCGGGGGAGCGGAUCUAAUUCGCUCUGUCCAAGUCGAAGAUGUCGUAGAGCAGCACGUUACCACUCACUCUGACAUUGCACAUUCGCACAAGUCUCUUCCAGCCGCACCGAUAACUUCCGAGCCCGAGGAGUACUGGGACGAGGACGAGGAGCAGGAUCUCUACGACGAGCAGGGUUUCACGACGGCCCAUUCCUACCGAUCUCACGGCGAUAACACGACUGGCGGGGUGACCACUAUAGUGGCACCGAAAGUCACAGCGAACAUCAAGAAGGAGCUGGAGAGGGCCUUGCACCAUGUCCAAGAGACCCAGACGGAGGAAGAACUCGAGGAGGAGGCUUGGGAUGUGAGCAUGGUUGCCGAGUACGGCGAUGAGAUCUUUGCGCACAUGAGGACUCUCGAGGCAAACAUGCUUCCGAACCCUCAUUACAUGGAUAUCCAGACCGAGAUCCAGUGGUCCAUGCGCUCCGUCCUCAUGGACUGGCUUGUCCAGGUCCAUCACCGAUUCAGCCUCCUCCCGGAGACUCUGUUUCUGACGGUCAACUACAUUGACCGUUUUCUCUCGGUCAAGGUCGUGUCUCUCGGAAAGCUUCAGCUUGUGGGAGCCACAGCUAUGUUCUUGGCUGCAAAGUAUGAAGAGAUCAACUGCCCUUCUGUGCAAGAGAUUGUGUACAUGGUGGAUUCGGGCUACAACAUCGAAGAGAUUCUCAAGGCAGAGCGUUUCAUGCUUAGCAUGCUGCAGUUCGAACUUGGCUGGCCCGGACCCAUGAGCUUUCUCCGUCGCAUUAGCAAGGCGGAUGAUUACGACUUGGAGACGCGGACUCUGGCCAAGUACUUCCUGGAGAUGACGAUCAUGGACGAGCGUUUCGUUGGCAGCCCCCCCAGCUUUAUUGCUGCUGGGGCGCAUUGCCUCGCGCGCAUGUUCUUGGCAAAGGGUGAUUGGACACUCGCACACGUUCACUACUCUGGCUACACCAUGAGCCAGCUCAAGCCGCUCGUCACGAUGCUCCUUGAGUGCUGCCAGGACCCGCACCGACACCACGGGGCCGUCUUUGACAAGUACUCCGGCCCCCGGUACAAGUAUUCUUCCAUUUUCGUCGAGGAGAAGAUGGUCAAAGGGUUCAAGCUGCCCCUGCCUGCCUUGCUGCAGGCUGCGCGCAACUCGUCACCGUUCGAGGAGUCGCGCCUGACCAACUUCGAGCCUAUCAUUCCCCACAUCUCGACUGAGGCUUAA